GAUGCGCUUUUUCGUAGCUCUGUGUAAAGGAGAGAAUUGUAUACACUUCCCAACAAGAAUAAGCCCUUAAUAGCAAUUUAUCCAGAGUGGUAUCACUCUGUCAGUUCCCACAUAGGGACAGAUGGAUUGUGAUGUCAAGGUGGCACAGUAGCAUCCUACGAUACUUGAGAGUUCAGGGCGAGAGUCAAAGUUUACCUCAAGUGGUGGCAGCAACUAUAAGCGUCUCAAAACCUCAAGGUGAGAGAUCACAAACAUAACUACUGCAGGAUUUGUUUUAACAAUUCUGUGCACUAAGGGUUGUUGAGAGCCUGAAAAGAUUAUUUCCUUUGGAGCUGGUUACUCAGUUGGACUGGACUGAUCUGUUGCUGCAGAAAGGAAACACUGACUUGACCUUACCUGGAGUCUCUCCCCGCCCCACCACAGUGGACUGAGCACAGCCCUAGCUGCUCCACACUCUGCAUCAAGUCCCUCACCUGCGCAUGAGCUUGACAUAGGAAUAGCCUUCCACCAGCACAAAGCUACUCCAAUCACGCAGCAAAGAAGUCAGUGCCGAGUGAGAGAUGCGGCACUGGAUAGUGCUGUAGCGUCCAUUGUUGCCUGGGGUGUGCAAAUGCUUUGGGACUGGCCUGUGAAACAUAUUUAAAAGUUACUAACAAGGCUCGGGGAAGCGUCCCCUGAGCUGUUCCCACCACCACUAGUGUUUUGCCACUACUUGGCAAAGUUCAGAAAUCCAUAGGAAGCUGAUUUACACCAACUUAGCUACCCAUCUCAGCAUCACCACCACUGACUGGCAGCAAAUCUCAGCCAAGAGUCCUUCCCAGCCCUAUCUGGAGAUUCUAAAGACUGAAACGGAGACCUUCUGCAAACAAAGCAUGUGCUCCACCCCUGAGCUAUGGCCUCAUCACUAAAUUCACAUGCAGGUCCUCUCCCUCAUCAAUUUGGGAUACUAGCAAUAGAAAUAAUCAGACUACAGGCUCUGAGGCAUAACCAGCACUAGUUGGGUACCAAUCUAUGGUGUAAAUCUUGUCAUUUCUGUACAUGCUUCUACAUCCCAGGAAAGUCCAGCCUGCACGUACAUGUCAUGCUCCAAGAGAAUAACAAUGCGGUGCAUGUGCAGCCAUCUCUGCCAGAAGUUGGCAUCCAUUGACAGGAUGGGCUUCCAAUAAGCAGCAAACUGUGAGUGACUGGAGUCUGAGCUGCUGUGCUGCAGUGACAGUACCUGAAAAAGAACGGGGAAAGAUGUUUGUGUCUGGCUACCGGCAGAGAGUUGCCAUGUUCUUUCCCACAAGGCAAGCCACACUAGGCAGUUAAGCACAAGGCUGGCUGAAUUAUGCAGCCUAAAAUGAGCUCAGAAUCAUCUUUAUCAGAAGUUACAGCAAAGGGUAAACUCACUAACUGACCACUUGGCCUGGGUCCCAUCAUUCAAUCAGAGAAAGCCUUGCAAGGGCAUAUCCAGCACAUGAUGGAAGUGUCUUGAUUUAGUCAAAGCCCCAAGCAUCCGCCCCAGUCUUCUAUUUGUUCCUACUCUAAUCAUGGGAAGAGCUGCACAUGAGAGAUCAUGAGAAACCUUGAAGUUGUAUAUGCAGCAGUCAAAAUGACCACCAUGAGUUAAACUUGUGAUGCAUGUGCGGAAGAUCAAGAGAACAAGUGUAAGAUGAACCAACAGAUUAGUUGGUUAAGUUGGAAAUAUUACAAGUACACAGAGCAAUCAACGCUAAGAUAAAGCUGCAAGAUAAAGCCUGAGAGGGUCAUUUUAAAAUGUGCUGCUUUCAGCAUGCUGCUGCAUCAGGAUAAUGGUUCAAGAUCCUGAACCUUUUACAGAACCCUUAAUGAACAGUCUUAAAGUACAUACUUUUGUACACUGUGCAUCUAGGUAACUCAGUGGGGAGCAUCUAAACAAGAUGAUCCUAGGAUAGGCAUGAUAAGGCAGAGCCAAACAUAUGUAGUAUCCUACCAAAGCAUACCUGAAAACACUAGUCGGGAGCAUAUGACUCAUCUAUGCACUAUGACUUCCCCCUCUCCCCCAUCAGCAGGAUUAAAUGCCUGAAUCUCCCAUCCUUUUAUAAGAGCAGAGAUCAGCAGAAGGCAGUAUGACUCUUAAUUCUAAGAUAGGGAAGGGAAUUCUCCAGAUCUCUGACUAUAAAAAUGAGUAAAAAACAAAAGUCUCUGAAAAGCUUCUUUGAAAAGGGAGAAAGACCCAAUGAUGAGACACCAGAGUACUCUAAGACUGCCAACAAAAAGAAAGCUGCAUUUAAAAGAAAAUACCAAGAGUCUGACUUAAAUUACGGGUUCAUUGCAACAGGUGAUUCACAUUCUCCAAGCCCGCUUUGUAUAAUAUGUGGUGAACAGCUAUCCAACGAAGCCAUGAAACCUUCAAAACUGCUUCGCCACAUGGAGACCAAGCACCCUGCAUUAAAAGACAAGCCUUUGGAGUUUUUCAAAAGAAAGAAACGUGAACACGAAGAACAGAAGCAAUUAUUGAAGGCCACCGCUUCAACAAAUGUGUCUGCACUGAGAGCAUCAUUCUUAGUGGCUAACCGCAUUGCUAAAGCUAAGAAGCCCUCUAUUGGUGAAGAGUUGAUCCUGCCUGCUGCUAAGGACAUUUGCCUUGAACCUUUAGGAGAGGCUGCAGUUCAAAAAGUGGCACGUGUUCCUCUUUUGGCUAGCAUCAUAACUAGACGAAUUGAUGAAAUAGCAGAGGAUAUUGAGGCACAAUUGUUAGAGAGGAUUAAUGAGUCACCAUGGUACGCAAUCCAUGUUGACGAGUCUACUGAUGUUGACAACAAGGCAACAAUGCUUGUUUAUGUGCGAUAUAUUUUUCAGGAGGAUGUGCAUGAGGAUAUGUUAUGUGCACUUUUGUUGCCAACCAACACCACAGCUGCAGAACUAUUCAAGUCUUUGAUUACCUAUCAGGAAAACAAUUGGUCAUUUUGUGUCGGUAUAUGCACGGAUGGAGCGGCUGCCAUGAAUGGACGGAUUUCUGGUUUCACUACUCGGGUCAAGGAGGUCACUUCUGAAUGUGAGUCUACGCAUUGUGUCCUCCAUAGAGAAAUGCUGGCUAGCCGGAAAAUGUCACCUGAACUUAAGAAUGUUUUGCAGGAUGCGAUUAAAAUUAUCAACCACAUUAAAGUACAUUCCCUUAACUCACGUCUGUUUGAGCAGCUCUGUGAGGAGAUGGACGCAGAGUACACACGUCUUCUCUUAUACACAGAAGUGAGAUGGCUUUCCAAAUGUAGAUCACUGGCCAGAGUUUUUGAGUUAUGGUUGCCGCUCCAGAGAUUUCUUUUAGAAAAACAGUCACCACUGGCAGCACAUUUCAGUGACACAGAAUGGGUCUUAAAACUUGCUUACUUGUGUGACAUAUUCAACCUGCUUAAUGAACUCACUCUGUCACUUCAGGGGAAUGACAACUGUGUUCAAGUUGGCUGAUAAAGUGGCUGCAUUCAAAGCCAAACUGGAAUUAUGGGGGCAACAAGUGAACACUGGGAUUUUUGACAUGUUUCAAACAUUAGCAGAGCUUUUGAAAGAAACUGAGCCAGAGCCUUCUUUCUCCCAGCUGUUGCAUGAUCACCUAUCUCAGCUUUCAAAAGCGUUUGAGCAUUACUUCCCAACCACAAAAGACCCCUGAACUGGGAAGGAAUGGAUCCGUGACCCAUUUGUGAAUAAGCCACGUGAAUCAACUUUGUCCGUGCUAGAAGAUGAUCAACUGCUUGAGAUAGCAAAUGAUGGUCGCCUUAAAAGUAUGUUUGAAACAACUUCCAAUCUCCAUACAUUUUGGAUUAAAGUCAAGGCGGAAUAUCCUGAGAUUGCCACAAAAGCUCUGAAAAGCCUGCUUUCAUUUCCAACAUCCUAUCUCUGUGAAGCAGGGUUUUCUGCAGUGACAGCAACCAAAACAAGUUUACGGAGUAGUGUCACUGUCUCCAAUCACCCCCAGAUGGGAUUGUCUUGUUGCAGGAAAACAAGCUCAAGGCUCCCACUGAUUCUGCAUUAUGGGCAGUUCCUAGCAUGCGAUGAAUGGGGAGAGGCAGGCCCACAGGCCAAGUGGCAAGAAAAAAGGAAAUUCCUCUCACUCGUUUAAACAAUAGGGUGGGUGGAGUUGUCUUCUCACCUGAGUUUUGGGUUCAUACUGCUGCUGAAGCAUCUCAGCCACUUUGUUUUCAAAGGUGCAUAGCUGAGUAUAAACUUGCUUCAAGAAGGUCUCGGUUUUCGUCUCGUCCAACAGACAACCCUGGAACAGCACCUGGACCAGAGACAGUGAAAGUCUUUAUUUAUUCCACUACACGUAUUUUGCUGCAAACUGGGGUUGGUGGUACACCAACAAGAUUUCAGAUAACCUGGAAAGUCAGCUGCAAAGAAGCGUGCAAAGUUCUAUAGAAUAUUGUAGAUUGUUUUUUGAGCCAGAAAAUUGUAUUCUUAGUGGGAUAAAGUUUAGUGUGUUCUCUCCAAAUAAAGUCUUUGAGGCAUCAACCAUAACUUAAGGAGAGAUAACUAACUUAUUUACCCUGAAGAAAUAAUUUCUGACUCAAAAGGCAUCAGAAAAAACCAUUUGCAAUAUCAUAGAUAUUAUGCUAGUAAAUCACAAAGUUUUAGGGGACAGAUACUAAUCACAAUGAAUCUCACAUAUUUCUUCCCCUUCUUAAAAUGGGUAAGGAAGUCAACUUGGGUACUUGAACUUAGAAAUGUAUAAUUGUCUCAAAAAUGAAUAUCAACUUUCAUUCUGAUCGCUCAGUUGCCGGGUGAACUCAUGCAUUACAAUCAAACAUCUCACCCAGAUUGCUUAGCCCACCCGAAGAUUUCAGCUUUCUUUCUUUUCUUUUUUUAAGCUAAGCUCUAGCCCUUGUAGAAGUGGAGUUACGGAGCAAAAUGUGCAGUCACUAUUCUGCUCAACCACUGGACUUGGAUUAAGAGAGGAAGAGCCUAGGAGGCUAGCU